AUGUCCCAUCAUCGCGCAGAUGCCAGUGCUCUCCUUGACACUCGUGGCUAUUCGGGCCCACUGAUUCGCGGCGUAAACCCAGCAACUCUUUUCGAGAAGGCAGUUCGAGAUCGAAUAACAGACUCCUACUAUUGGAAAGAGCAGUGCUUCGGAUUAAAUGCAGCAACACUCUGUGACAGAGCGGUUGAGUUAAGUUAUAUCGGCGGUACUUACGGUCUUCUACAACUCGCGCCGGAGAAGGAAGUGAUAUUGGAAUAUUUGGAUUUUCAUGAUCCAGAAGCAGAUGAGGAGGAUUCGAAUGCUAAAGGAGAUAAUUCGGGUGCCGAAGGGAAUGUAGAGGAUGCGCAGGAUAGAGCUGAUGCGGCAAUACUAAAAGCUACCGGGGAUUUCAAAUACCUGCGCGCGCUUGCAGCGUUUUAUGUGCGACUUACUUUCGAGCCGGUGGAGAUAUAUAAGACGUUGGAGCCGCUCUUGACAGAUUACAGGAAGCUCAAGAGAAGAACGAAGGAAGGUUUCUUGCUUACUUACAUGGACCAAUUUGUUGACGACCUGCUCACAAAGGAUCGUGUGUGCGGAACUAGUUUAUGGAAGAUUCCAGCAAGAACUAUGUUGGAGGAUUUGGAUAUGCUUGAUGAACGGAUCAGUCCUCUGAAUGACGAGCUGGAAGAUCUGGAUGAAGAGAGUGAAAAGGAAGACGAAAAAGAAGAGAGGGAGAAUGGCAAAGAAACCAGCGCCAGUCCAUGA